AUGUCUGAUCAUGAAGAUAUAUUUGAUCAAGAAGAAAAGUCUUCUAAAGAGAGGAUCCACAACACGGUGAAGAAAACUCCAUCGCCGUAUGAUUUGAAUUCCAAUGAUAAUCCAGGAAACUUGAUAACUCAAGUGCGACUUCGAGGGGAGAACUAUGAAGAAUGGGCGUGUGCCAUGAAAAUAUCGCUGCGUGCUCGCAGAAAAUGGGGUUUUAUAGAAGGCACCAUUGAAACACCAAAGGAAAACUCUGAUCAAAUUGAAGAUCGGUGGACUGUUCAAUCUAUGUUGGUGUCAUGGAUUCUAAAUACCAUUGAAGCGGAUAUACAUUCCACUAUGUCUUAUGCUGAAAAUGCAAGAGAUUUGUGGAUGGAUAUCAAAGAAAGAUUCUCUACGGUGAAUGGUCCCAGAAUUCAACAGCUGAAAUCCGAUUUAUCCAGAUGCAAACAAGACGGUAUGUCAGUUGCGACAUACUACGGAAAGUUGAAACUGUUGUGGGAUGAGUUGGCCAAUUACGACCAAAUCCCGAUAUGCAGUUAUGGUGGAUGCAAGUGUGAUAUAUCAUCAAAAAUAGAGAAGAGAAGAGAGGAAGAAAGAGUUCAUCAAUUCCUUAUGGGAUUGGAUGAUGCAAUUUACGGGACUGUUCGAUCCAACCUUCUUGCAACAGAUCCGCUGCCCAAUCUCAAUAGGGUAUACUCAACAAUGAUUCAAGAAGAAAGGGUGAGAAUGAUGACUAGAACCACAGAAGAAAGAAGAGAAGUGACGAGCUUAGUUGUUCAAACAAACGGACGUGUAGUCAAAGGAAGAUGGGAUGGAAAAUACAAGUUUAUGUCUUGUACACAUUGUCAUCGAGCAGGAGAUGACGCAGGAAGCUGUUUUCAACUUGUUGGUUAUCCCGAGUGGUGGGGAGACAGACCAAAAAAUGAAGGGAAAAGUGGUGGACGAGGCAAGUCACUGCAGCAAGCAGGAGCUGGACGAGGAAGAGGAGGAAUUGUGCGUGCAAAUGUGAAUGUUGUACACAUAGGUGGAACAAGUGCAGAAACUGGGGUUUCACACGGAGAUGGUUUUGGCUUGGCUGGAAUCAGUGCAGAACAAUUGCAAUCGUUGGUAGGAUUUCUAAAUGUUCAUAAAGCAAACUCCAAUGACAAGAUGACAGGUGAGUGCGAUAUGAAUACAUGGAUAAUUGACACAGGUUGUUCUAACCACAUGACUGGAAACUUGAAUCAUAUGCGAGAACUAAGAGAUAUUCAAAGUUGUUCGGUUGGCCUACCUAAUGGAGAACAUGCUUCAGCAAUCAAAGAAGGAAGUAUAGUGUUAGAAGGAGGGUUAAAACUUGAUAAUGUUCUCUUUGUGCCAAAAUUGAAAUGCAACUUGAUAUCUGUUUCACAAAUGAUGAAUGAAUUAAAAUGUGUCAUUCAAUUCACUGAUAAUUUAUGUGUUGUGCAGGACUGUACUUCAAGGAAGCUGAUUGGAGCGGGUGAACAAAGAGAUGGGCUUUAUUUCUUCAGAUGA